CUUGUUCUCCAACUUUCUAGACAUCUCUCUGACAAUUCCUAUCGAGAAUCUCCUCUUCCUUAAAAUGGCUUCCACUGUGUUUCCUCUUCACUUCAGAACAUUCUUCAUCACCUUAGCAUGGCAACUCUUUGUACUACUUCAUCAUCGUCAUCUUCUUUUUCUUCUUCUUGGUCCCUCAAAAACAGCCCCAACUCCCAUUACCUACCUUCUAUUUCUUCAAUUUUCAAAUACUCCUCACUUUGCCCAAAGCCCCACUUCUCAUUUUCACUAUAUUCCACUGACAACCCAAAAAGAUUGAAUCUUUAUGUUCCUUCUAAAAAAAGAUUAGAUUUUUAUGUUAAAGCUGUGGAAAAAGAAGAUGAGAAUGAAUCUUCUUCUGUGGCUGUAGCUUCAGAAGAAAAUGAUUCUCCAAAGAAAGAGGAGCAUAUUCAUGAGGGUGAGUCUGAGUUAGAGAGGAUAGAGAGGGAGAAACAACAAGAAAUGGAUUGGAAGACUGAUGAGGAAUUCAAGAAGUUUAUGGGGAAUCCUUCAAUUGAGGCUGCUAUAAAGCUUGAGAAAAAGAGAGCUGACAGGAAGCUUAAAGAGCUUGAUAGUGAAACAAGUAGCAACCCACUUGUGGGGUUCUUUAAGAACUUGGUUCGUGGUAGCUUGUCCAGAGAGAAAGAGAGGUUGGAAAAAGCAGAAGAGGCUUUUGUAGCUCUUGAUCUUAACAAGCUAAGGAAUUGUUUUGGCUUUGAUACUUUCUUCGCGACUGAUGUGAGGAGAUUUGGAGAUGGGGGAAUUUUCAUUGGAAACUUAAGGAGGCCUAUUGAUGAAGUAAUACCCAAAUUGGAGAAGAAGUUAUCAGAUGCUGCUGGAAGGGAGGUCGUCUUGUGGUUUAUGGAGGAAAAGAAGGAUGAUAUUGUAAAGCAGGCUUGUGUGGUACAACCGAAGUCGGAGAUUGAUCUUCAAUUUGAGUCAACCAAAUUAAGCACCCUGUGGGGUUACUUCAGUGCGGUAGCUUUGGCCGUAACAACUUUUGGCACUAUAACUUUGACCAGUGGUUUCUUCCUUAAGCCUGAUGCUACGAUUGAUGAUUACUUGGCCAACGUUGUACCUCUUUUUGGUGGCUUCUUGACCAUUUUGGGAGUUUCAGAGAUAACCACAAGACUAACUGCUGCGCGCUAUGGUGUCAAACUUAGUCCAUCUUUUCUUGUUCCGUCCAGUUGGACUGGGUGCCUGGGUGUCAUGAAUAACUAUGAAUCCCUGCUACCAAAUAAGAAGGCUUUAUUUGAUAUUCCAGUUGCUCGUACAGCAAGUGCAUAUUUGACAUCACUAAUUCUUGCAGUUGCUGCUUUUGUGGCUGAUGGAAGCUUUAAUGGAGGAGACAAUGCACUGUACAUAAGACCUCAGUUCUUUUAUAAUAAUCCUUUGUUCUCCUUCAUUCAAUAUGUUGUCGGGCCAUAUACUGAUGAUCUUGGGAAUGUGCUGCCUUAUGCCGUUGAAGGUGUGGGAGUUCCUGUUGAUCCCCUUGCUUUUGCUGGUCUUUUAGGUAUGGUUGUUACCUCUUUGAACCUCUUACCAUGUGGAAGACUAGAAGGUGGGCGCAUCGCACAAGCUAUGUUUGGCAGGAGCACUGCUACUUUGUUAUCUUUCGCGACUUCCCUGUUGCUAGGGAUAGGUGGUCUAAGCGGAAGCGUGCUAUGUCUAGCAUGGGGACUCUUUGCAACCUUCUUUCGCGGGGGAGAGGAAGUCCCUGCCCAAGACGAGAUCACCCCUCUUGGAAAUGAGAGAUUUGCUUGGGGCUGUGUACUCUUCUUGAUGUGUUUCUUAACCCUUUUCCCCAACGUUGGUGGCACAUUCUCCAGCUCAUUUUUUGGUGCUCCAUACUUCCGUGGUGAUCUGUGAUCAAGAAUUAGUGUAUGUACUUAUAGGAAUACUAGUUCCUGAAAGCCAUGAGUACUCAAAAAAGUUUUAAAUAGAAAAAUAUAAUUUGUGUUGCGUUCUCUUCUGGAACAACUCCUUUAAUAUGGUUGCUUCUUAAUUAUGUAUUACUAUUAAUUAUUUAAGUUGGUCCAAAAUUGGAUAACUUACUAAAAGAAUUGUUUAUGAGAAA